AAGUCUUGCUCCGAUUAGCUACUUUGCUUAGAAAUCAAGGCGGAGUUUCAAAUCUUCGUAGCGGAGCGGCAGGUCCUGUGUUCGUUCGCAUGGGGAGGCGGUGGUUGCUAGAACUAUCGGAGUCACAACCAGGAUGCGGAGGAGGUUUCACCUGCUGCUCGGCAUCGGAAUUAUAUGGCUGUUCGGAGUAGCUUAUUAUUUACUGAGAGAAAUUAAAACUGAGGGUAUUGGAGAAUUGGAGUGGCAACGUGACCAUGGAUUACCUGGGGAUAGACAAGAUGGCGCACUGUCGCCAAGCAAGAACAUUAAUCACAACAAUGCAUUUCACCAUAAGGAAAGGUUACCGGUGGAGGGUAACAUUAUUAUUGAACCACAACUUGUGAUGGACACAACAGGUAGUGUUGUAAACAUACAACAAAUGGACAGUUCAGGUAAAGUGCACUGGAGUCAGUUUGAUGCUGAUAAAUACAUUGCCAAAAAGGCACUGAAACCAGGAGAGGACAGCUAUGCUAGGAACAAAUUUAAUCAAGCUGCAAGUGAUAGCGUCAAGAUGACAAGGGAUCUACCAGAUGACCGAAAUUAUCAUUGCACUAAAGAUUGGAGCCAAGAAAAACUACCAGCAACAUCUGUGAUUAUAACAUUCCAUAACGAAGCCCGAUCAGCAUUAUUACGCACUGUGAUAAGCGUUUUCCGAAAGAGCCGGGAUGAUCUUAUUCAUGAAAUAAUCUUGGUCGAUGAUUUCAGUGAUGAUCCUGCUGAUGGAGAAGAAUUGCUAAAAAUCCAAAAAGUGAAAGUUCUUCGAAAUGAUAGGAGAGAAGGUCUAAUGCGGUCUAGGGUACGAGGAGCCGAUGCGUCGACUGCUAAAAUUCUGACAUUUCUUGACAGCCAUUGUGAAUGUAACACAAAUUGGUUAGAACCAUUGCUGGAGAGAGUAGCAGAGGACAGAUCUCGAGUUGUUAGCCCAAUCAUUGAUGUUAUCAACAUGGACAAUUUUGAAUAUAUAGGUGCUGCAUCUGAAAUCAAAGGAGGUUUUGACUGGAAUUUAGUCUUCAAAUGGGACUAUAUGUCUUCAGAGGAAAUUAGGAAGAGAGAGACCAAUCCAACGCUUCCAAUUAAGACUCCACUCAUUGCCGGUGGAUUAUUUACGAUAGACAAAUCUUGGUUCAAUGAACUUGGCAAAUAUGAUACCAAAAUGGAUGUUUGGGGAGGAGAAAAUAUUGAAAUUUCAUUCAGAGUUUGGCUGUGUCAUGGUAGUUUGGAGAUUACUCCAUGCAGUCGAGUGGGUCAUGUUUUCCGAAAACAGCAUCCUUACACAUUCCCUGGAGGGAGUGGAACAGUAUUUGCAAGGAAUACUCGACGAGCAGCUGAAGUAUGGAUGGAUGAAUAUAAAUAUUUGUAUUAUAAUGCUGUACCAUCUUCGAAAUAUGUUUCCUAUGGAGAUAUAUCAGAACGCCUAGAACUUAAGAGGAAACUCAAAUGCCGACCAUUUAAGUGGUACUUACAGAACGUUUAUCCGGAAUUAAAAAUACCAGAAAACCAGGACAUGUUAUAUGGUAUGAUCAGACAAGGAGACCUUUGUAUAGAUACCUUGGGCCAUACGGCUGAAGGUAAUGUUGGAUUAUUCCAUUGUCACAACUCUGGGGGAAAUCAGGAAUGGGUGCUUUCUGAGAAUGGCAACUUGAAGCAUCUAGAUAUGUGUGUUACGUUACCAGAGGUAUUAUCUGGUGUAACUUUGAAAUUGGCACAAUGUGUUCCAGGUGACAAAAUGAUGGUAAGUCCUUGACUCCAUAAUUUUUAU